UAAUAAAACCAAUAAAACGCAAAAUCAGAGGAGAAGACGUUGCAGUCUGAAAGAUGUGGUUAUCUAGUUUAUUGCUGGCGAUUGCGAUUGUUGUCAGUCCAUUUGGUCACUGCGUACCUCUGUCCAAAAAUGAUUUUGUAAAUCGGCUCUUCGAGUUUGACGCCAUCGGUGGCGGUUUGGUUCCAAUGGGGCAAGGACGCAUUAUUGGAGGAACAUUUGUUCCGAUCACGUCUGUACCCUGGACGUGUAGCCAACAGCGUUUGGGGUCACAUCGAUGCGGAUGUGCAAUCAUAUCACCAACUGUUGCACUGACAGCUGCUCACUGUGCUAAUCAUAUUCCUGGAAAUGGUUUCUAUAUUCGUGCUGGUUCUGAUACGAAAAGUCGUGACGGCCAACUGAUCCAAACCCGGGAUGUUGCUAUACAUCCACAAUUUAAUGAAACUAUUCUGGAGCAUGAUAUUUGUGUCAUGUUCCUAGAAUCGCCUUUCAACACCGCUUUACCGGGAAUAGCUAUAAUUCCUAUGACAUCUGGUGGUUCGUCCCUCCCAAGUGGAACAAUGUCAACGGUUUCUGGAUGGGGACCGUUGUACGAAAAUGGAACGGGGAGCGAAGUUCUUCGAUCUGUAACGCAUCCAGUAUUUUCAUCACUAGAAUGUAGCCAACGGCAUGGUCCGACGACGCAUGACAUGUUGUGCGCUGGAUUGGACGCUGGUGGAGCCGCUGCUUGCGACCCGGGUAGUCCAUUGGUUUCUGGUGGCGUUUUGGUUGGUGUCAUGAGCUGGAGCGUAGGAUGCGGUCGGCCUAAUUUGCCUUCUAUAUAUUCCCGAGUAAGUACAGCAAGGUUUUGGAUUGACUUUGCAAUGAAUACCAAUAUCCAAUAGAUCGUCAAAAUAAUAAAAAUUGAUUGCUUCAAA